GUAGCUCGAGAUUUCGACUGUCGUCAUGGUCUCUCCACCGUUUUGGGACGUGCAAUGGGUAUCAAAAGACCAAAUUUGUACAAACAAUUGGUUUCAUCUGCUUUGAUAAAGAUGCAUUCAUUUUAUAUGAACGGAAUGACACAGAAUCCCCCAAACCUUUCCCGUCUAGUCGACUGUCAUUGCCGGAUGGUUGCUCUUCUUCGACAAGCUGAAAUCCGAAUAGCUGAAAAAAGGAUUGCCGCUGCCGCUAGGGAAUAUAAAGAGGAGAAGUUCGAGUUUAUGUUAGUGGAAUGUGAUGGAGAAAAAUUGUACAAGUUGGUAUCGGAGAGUGAGAUUGACAAUACCAUUUCAGAAUACCACAAACAACGCGCUACAGUGCUGCCAAGUCGAUCCGUAAAUGAAAGACCAAAUCCAUUCAGCGCUGGUGUAAUGGAGGAAAAGGAAGAUGAUGAGCCAAACCACGACACGCUUUGUCUGCUCGCUUAUCGUCAGAUCUGCCUAAUUCCUAUCCGCUCUAUACUAGAUCUCGACAACAGUGUUCAACUACUACCUCAAAUCAUCAGAUCUGUCAAGGACUUAAUUCUCGCCACUCCGGAUAUAACUAUACGCCAAUUAGCUGUACAUAUCAUUGAUAUGAUCAUGACUUGA